AUGAACUUGCAACUGCUACUCCUUGCUUCCAUUACUCUGUUCAAAAUCACUGAAAGCGGAGCCUUUUCAUCACAAUCAGUAUCAAGUUUCAUAAACCAAGAACAACGUCGACUUUCUCACCUUUCAAGCACGCUGUCACCAGACGAUACGGAAAUUCGCUCGGAAGAUGGAGAGAAUCCUGCAAAACGAGGAGCCAUCUCCAUGCAAAUUGAUGAACUUGACAAGUACCUUGGGGGGGAGGGAAGAGCUCAAAUUGUCUGGGAUUGCUAUUCCAUUGGAAUUGAUCCAGCUGAUUACUUCGGAUCCAUACACUUGGGUUAUGACGAUUACGAGACCAUCAUGCAAUUGAUGCCAUCCAUGCGGCGGACACAAAAGCUGGAUUCUGAGACAUUGGAAAAGUUGGCAGCCCUGUAUCCCCAGGGCGGCAAAGUUGAAGGCGGUGUGGCCAGACUGUCGUACCUCUCCAAGUCUAGUGAUUCAGCGACUAAAAUUCUACUAACUCUCGCGGAUGGUCUUCAAAUCGAAACUGUCAUUAUUCCUGGGAAGGGCCAGCGAUCCACUCUUUGUGUCAGUUCACAGGUCGAAAAGAUUCGACCGCUGACGUCGUCUGAAAUCCUGGCUCAGCUUUUCUUUGCCAAAAAGCUUUGCCGGCUGGAAGGUAUUCCAGACAUCACCGACAUCGUUUUUAUGGGUAUGGGCGAUUCUGUUGACAAUAUCGAAAACAUUAUCAAGGCAACAAAAAUUAUGACCACCCGAGAUUUGUUUCAGUUGAGCGCUUCGCGAGUCACAGUCUCUACUGUUGGGCCUUCUCCGGAAUCCUUCAAAGCUGUUGCCGAGGCUCCAUGUGUUAUUGCAUGGUCUGUUCAAGCCACAAACGAUGAUUUACGCAAGCAACUGGUGCCUACCACUAAAUACAGCAUUGAGGAACUUAGAGAAGGUUUGAUUGAAGCAAUGUUGGAACGACCCAUAAACGGACGAACCGUUCUGUUGGAAUUGACGCUCAUGAAAGGCGUCAAUGACUCUCUCAACGAGGCGGAAGAAUUGGCAUCCUUUGCCGAGGUGAUAAGCGAACGCGUCACAGGCUGCAAGGUCAGUAUCAACUUGAUACCCUAUAACGAUGUUGGCCCAAGAGGAGAGAUGGAACAAAACAAAUAUCAACGACCAGAUCACAAAGAUGCAGUAGCUUUCCAAGAGUAUCUUCAGGACCAUGGCCUCUUUUCUCACGUUCGGACAACCCAGUGA